AUGAGUUCCUUUAUAUUAAGCAUCCUAUCACUUUUCAUUUUUGCCUUGUCAUCUCUCAAAGUUAUUGCAGAUAGAGGGACAGAUAGACUUGCAAUAAAUUUGGACAUUUCUGAGCCCAAUAGACUUGAGAUUGACGUAGAUCCAUCUUUGCAGGUACCCAAUGGCACAAAUUAUGCAAUCAAAAGUUAUGCAAGUCUUUUCCAUGUCAUUGGUGAUGUGACGGAUGCAGGUAGAUCAAUAAUAGGCCGGAACCCUGAGGCUUUGGGCAGAUUUGUCUUUGUGGUAUUAAGAGAGGAUGGUACAAAGUAUGUCAGAGUUACGGACACGUAUUGUAUUGAGACUAGAAAUUCUCCCCGAGAUGUUGAAGAGUUUAUAAGGAAGCCAUUCAAUUUAUACUACAGUAAAAUCUAUAGGGCACCCAUAGAGGUAGAUGUAAGAAGACAGAUAACAAACCACCUGGUUAAGCUUGAGGAAACACAAUACCCUGAACUGGGGACACGAAUCAAGAUAUACAGCGUACAGGAUAGCAUGACGGAUGAGGUUACUAUUGGUACAGUUCGUUAUGGCGCAUGCGUUUUGGAUCGCCGAAUAGAAGGGCUGAUAGAGAGAAGGGUAGAAAUGACAGAGUCGAGGAAUCCAGAGAUAACAAUUGUUUCAAAGUAUAGAAAUGGAUACAUUGUAGCCAAAUCAUACAACUUUUCGGAUGAAUCUAACAGUUUCCACCUUGCAGAUACGGCGAAAACGUUUAUGAGUCUUCGUGAAUAG